GGUGUGUGUUUUGUACGUUUCUAGGUAAAGAGAAAACACAAGUGUCCGCGUCGUCCCGCUGCAGCGGCGCGCGGCCGGCCGGGUUGAGUCUCCACGGUUCUCAUGGUGUGUUUAAGUGCCUCUCUCGGCUGGGAGUUCUCCAUCAGUCUCCUCGCACUCGUCCAGGGAAGCUACCCGACAGCACGAUGGCAGAAGAAGCUCCAGCUGCGCCCGCCGCGCCGGCCCCUCCGGCAAAAGCGCCGAAGAAGAAAGCCGCCGCCGCCGCCAAGCCGAGCAAGAAGUCAGGUCCCGGCGCGAGCGAGCUCAUCUUGAAGGCCGUGUCCGCCUCCAAGGACCGCAAAGGCCUGUCUUACGUGGCCCUGAAGAAGGCGCUGGCCGCCGAAGGCUACGACGUGGACCACAACGGCAUCCACAUUAAGCGCGCCGUCAAGAGCCUGGUGGUGAAGGGAUCCCUGGUGCAGACCAAGGGCACCGGGGCAUCCGGCUCCUUCAAGGCGUGCAAACCCGCUGACAAGCCCAAGAAGGAGGCUAAGAAGGCCGCCGUGAAAGCCGCGAAGCCGGCAGCCAAGAAGGCCUCCGCCUCCGCUAAGAAGCCAGCGGCCGCCAAGAAGCCCAAGGCCGCCAAGGCAACCCCCAAGAAGGCGAAGAAGCCCGCUGCCGCAGCCAAGAAACAGUCCGUCAAGAAGCUCACCAAGAGCCCGAAGAAGAAGGCCGCCAAGAAGGCGCUUACACCCAAGAAGGCGGCGGCGGCGGCUACUCCCAAGAAAGCUGCCAAGAAGCUUGUUAAAGCCAAAGCUGCAAAAGCCAAGAAGCCAGCAGCCAAGAAAGCCGCCAAGAAGUGAACUCUCCAAACCCCAUAACAAGCACCAACGGCUCUUUUAAGAGCCACCCAACCCAAAGCCAAAGAGCUCUUUUCCUCAAUACACUUGUCUUAUUGUGCUAUAUGUGUGUGUAUUAUGUUAUAUUCAGGGAUUUCUCAGAUUGUUCUGACCCUGAUAAUGAUUCCUAACCUGCCCAGGUGAUCACAAAUGGCUCCAUAUGUUAAACAGGAAUUUCCUGUUUGCUGUAAAUUUUAUUUUGUAAUAAAGUAUAUUUUUCAAUA